CCCAAUGAAGAUUAAGCAUUUUGAAACAAAUUUUAAUAUUAAUAUUUGUUUAUUUAUAAUUAUUUGUUUUAUGGAUUCUUUUUUAUGGGUGCUAUCUAAAUAGUAUUAUGCGACUUUCUCCUUAAAUAAUGCUGUUUACAAAAGUUAAGCCAGCAUCAACAUACAGAAAAUAUCUGUCCUCCGAGCGCAACAUUUAGAUUAGGAAAUAAGUUCUCUAGUCCUACUGGAGGUAGGUGCAUUGCUGGGAGAAGUGAACAGAUAGUUUAUAAAUAUUAUAUAGAAUAAAAUAAACAUUAUUUGAAGAAAAACCUACAGCUUUCCUUGUUAGGUCCAAAACAUUUCAGAACCUCCAUAUAUAAAUCAUUCUUUCACGACGACCAGUCAAGUUGCCUCUCAAAUACUUUGGUUUAUGGUAUUCUAGAUGAAACACCACCACUCCUACAAUGCUCCGUUCACAGAAUUUCAUACUUAUUAUCCCACUUAGCCUGAUCUUCUUAGUUCUACAGUAUUAUGGAAUAAAGUACUUUUAUGACAAUCUAAGCUCAACAACUCCUAUUGAAGAAAGGGUACCAUGGGAAGCGGUCAAACUUUUUCUCAGCAAAUGUGAACAUUCUGGGAUUCCAGUGUUUGUUAUAGAACCCAGCUUGCUGCGAGCUGUUCGAGAAGGUAACAGAAGAAGAGUGGAGCUUUGGAAUCAAGAUUAUCAGAGAUCAGUCACUUUUGGAGUUAUUGAACCUGGGAUGGAUCUUUUACAUUUGCUUGUCUCUUCUAUGUCUCAUGAAAAUUAUGAAUUUUGGGAGAAGAAUGAUCCUGAUCCCAGAGGACUAACUAUCUACCGCAGAACUUACAGAGUGAUUACCACCCACUAUAUGCUGUGGGUACCAAUCCAAGGCCACACUCCUAUGUUGAUACACCUGGUGGUCUUCUACAAGCGAGGAGAGUACAUAUGGCAUUCAGCUGGAGAGGACAGGUUACAUAAACCUCCUUUCAGUCUAUCUGGGUCUCCAUUUUUCUCCACUGCUGGAUCCUACAGUUUAAUAGAUCUAAGGGCUGUUUAUAUAGAUGGAGUAAAAAUUCAGUUUCCAAACGACACAUUUAGAUUUUUGAAAGAAAUAGAGACAUCUGAAUUUGUGGAGUGCAACUACACCAGAGCAUACUUCUUUUAUAAUGAAUACCGUCUGGACCAAUCAAAGCAAGUGGAACUCUUCAAGAGAAAAGCUAGACAAUUGAUACUUUUAGCCAAACAGAUUUUAGAUUCUGUUGGAGUUCCUUUUUGGCUAAGUAGUGGAACUUGUCUUGGUUGGUUUCGACAGUGUGAUUUAAUUUCCCACACAACAGAUGUAGACAUUGGCAUUUUUAUAACAGAUUACAGAGAAGAUUUAAUAGGACUCUUAGAGAGUAAUGGUCUGGCAUUGAUUCAUAAAUUUGGAAAGGUAUCUGAUAGCUUGGAGCUGUCAUUUUUAUUUGGUGAUAUUAAGCUGGAUAUUUUUUUCUUCUACACUGCUGAUGAGUAUUUCUGGAAUGGUGGAACUCAAGCCAGUACUGGCAAUAAAUACAAGUACAUUUUUCCACCUUUUAAACUGUGCUGGACUGAAUUUCUAGAUUUGUGGAUUCGAGUCCCAUGCCCUGCCGCUCCUUAUAUCCUGGCCAACUAUGGCCCAAAGUGGAUGAUACCAAAUAAGAAAUGGGACUGGAAACAUAGCCCUAAUAAUGUCAUUGAAAAUGGCCAGUGGCCAAAGGAAGAAUGGGAUGAAGUGAUUCAACUAUACGAGUAGUAGGUGAUUGCUCUUUGUUCUUAAUUGGAGUUGAUUCUCAGACUUUGUAUGUUUUCAUAUCAAGCAUGUACCAAUUUGUACAGGUGUUGUUUUAAAGGAGCAGCAUUUCAUUUUUUUUUAUAAUUUAUAUAUAUUUUUUUUUUAACAUAUUGUGCUUUAGAUAAUGAUGUUUUAGGUUUAUUGGUUCCAAAAUUAAGUGGCAACUAGGCCUAAACUAUCCAAUGUAUCAAAUUUGUACAAUUUCGCAAUGAUGGCGGCAUAUUGAUCAGAACAUUAUUUUAAGUAUUGUUUAUAACAAUAACAUUUGAUGAUCUGCUAAAAUUUCCCGUUCUGACUUUUGGGUGUAGUACAGCAUAGCAACUAUUCCAAGUGUUUUAAUCAAUAGUUAUGUGGGUAUUAUUUGGUUAGCACAAUUUCCAAUAGCCUUCAAACUUUUCAUGUAAAAUUCCUCUGUCCAUCAUAAUUUAGUGCUCUAUUGCUCCGCUAUAAUUUUAAGAUUUUAGUUUUGUACUCACAAGCUCAUGUUGUAAAAAAUUUUUUUUAUUUUUUAACCUUUUUUUUUUUUUACACAAUGAUAAUAUUUAAAUUUACAUAACACCAUUAGCUAACAAAAGUGGGCACAAGGUACUUUGAAUUUUAACAAACUUUAAAUAACUAAAAAGGCAAAUUAAUUCAAGACCAAAGAUUUUGUUCUACAAUGAUUUGUUCAUUAGAACAUCUAUGUUAAAAUUAGACACAGUCUUUUGUGUAGUAUAACAUUCACAUUCUCAAAAUAAGAAUGAGUAGACUAAAUUAAUUGAAUUUUGUCUGCCAUGUUUUGUUUCCAUGAUAUGUAUUUUCUUAAACUUGUUUCUUGCUCUCUUUGUGCCUAAAAUGCAAAUGAGGUUGUUAUCUACAAAUUAAAAUAUAUAUAGAUCUAUAAAGAAUAUUUUUAAUUGUGGACAAAAAAAAAAACGUUGACAUGUACAUUCCAGAUUAUAAUUAAAGCCACUUUGACCUUGAGUACAUUAUUAACAUAGGUGGACUGUAUUUUUAUGUAUUAUUUUUUUUUUUUACAUUUUGCUUGUUGGGUACCUUUUGAUAUUAUGAUUUUUAUACGCCAGGUUCAGAGUUGUGUACUUUUUUUUUUUAAAUUUAUUUUCUAAAUAAUAUUACAAUUGUUGUGUGCAUAUUUUUUUUUAAUUUACAAAGAUAUUUGUAUGCCUAUAAUAGUAUAUAUGUUAUUUAUUCCAAUAAGGUCUAACCUAACUAAGUAUCUUACUGUCUUUGUGCUUCCAAAUAUUAAUUCAUUUUUCAGUAACAGAUCUAUUCAAUUUUUUCAACCUAUCCCCAAUAUGGCACACUUAAAUCUCCAGUACUAGUAGUAAAAAUAAUAAGGCAUUCGUUCCUAUUACUAGUUCAUGUUUAACUAACCGUAAAGCUAAAUAUGUUAGACUAUCUGCAGAAUUCAGUCGGACUUAAAUAAUAUUUGAUAAAAGAGGUAUUCAAUUCAUUCAUCCAGUGUGCUAUUCACACAAACAAUGAAGCUAUUUUAUGUUUAUUUUUAUAGCUGUUAUUAAUUUAAUUAACUAUUAUUUUUUUAAUAUUAAUAAUUUAGCUCAGUGUUGUCCACUGUUUACAUUGUUCUGUGUAUGGCACUUAACUGAAUAGUGUUAUGUGUUUGGUUAGGGAUAUUAGCAAAUCAUUUUUAGUUAAUAUUGUCUGUCAAAGAAAUAUUUGUUUCUUGUCAUAAAUAAAUAAAUAUAGCAUAGAGGAUGUCUUUAGGAGUUCUUUCAUCUGACGAGUGAUAUGUCCGAGCCAACAUAGUCUUCUCUGUGUCAAAAGAGCAUAGAUACUGUACAUAUUGGCCAAUUUCAAAACAUCUUGAUUGGAGACAGGAUGCCUCCAUAUAUGUGUAUAAUAUAAUAUACAUUACAUUUUUUACUUUCAAUGGAAAAUAGAAACCAACUCAAAUGUAUAAGCUCUACAAAUCUGCUUUUUUUUUUUUUAACUUUGCAAUGUUUUGUUGUAACUUUUGGGUUAUAUUGUAAUGUUUUGGGUAUUUUAAUAAUGAAAUAUUUACUGUGUAACUUUAUGUUAUGCAUUUAAAAUCAAAUAUAUUUCUUACUAUUACUAGUACUGGAUUUUUGUUAAACAGUGAUUUGAUCUAAGCUUUGUUGGUAUGUCUUGUGUCCGAUCAAACCUGUUGCUUGAUGAAAUCACUUUAUUGAGCAUUUUAUUUUUUUGAAGCAUAUUAAACUCCAUUCUUCUUUUUACUUCAAACAAAUCUUAUGAAUGAAAAUAUUAUGAAUCUAUUAGUGUUAGUCCUGUUUUUAAAUGUGUUCACUAAAUGAUUGAUUGUAAAAACAUUUAAUGUUUACCAUGUUUAUGAUGUUUUCUUUGGCUCAUACAAAAUCCUUAUUGCUCAUCUAUGGUCAUUAAAGAGAACUGUGUAGAAAA